GGGUGUCACGUGCAACUUCCCUGUCCAGAGGCCCCCAGCUCUGGAUGGUGUCCCUGGAGAGUCACUGGUGGCCCCCCUGGACAAGCACCAGGGGUCAGGGCAUGACAGGAGGACCAUGGGCGUGUUGCCGGCAGCCACUGACAACCCCAGGCUGGAGUAGGUACUCAGGGGACUGGCUCGAGCCUCCUUCCCCACAGUACCCUGGGUCCUGCCCACCCCCGUGCCCCAGCAGGACCUGCAAGGGGUCCACUCAAACCGCCCUCUGCCCCCACAACUCCCCACCUAGACACUGAUGAACCACCCAUUUCCACACCCCACCUCACUGUCUCAUUGUUGACCACUGGUUCCCAUUUCACACAUGAAGAAACACACCCAGCAGGGAAGAGACUCACCCAAGACCACCUGGCUAGGACUUGAACCCUGAAGAAAGCCUUCAGAUAGAUGGAAUGGGAGACGUACAGUCAGGGAAAGUCAGUAGAUAUCCGGGGAGUGGGGUGCCAGGGAGGAGUGCUCCCAGGGAAGGACAGGGUGAGUCAUCUCUAAGACCUCACAGAGCCCAACCAGCCACUUGUCAAAUGUGUCAAACUCCUACUUAUGCUUCAAAACCCCACAUCCCACAUCCCCUCUUACAUGCCUCUUUCCUUCACCCCUCCAGUGGAGCACCCACUCCCUCCCCUAUUUCCUCCACCGCAGGUCCCGCCUUCUGUCCUGUACCUGCUUGCAUGGAGCAGGGGUGCCUAUGCCUGGGUUUGUCUUCCCAGGGAUGGACAGGGCCAGAGCCAAGGUCUCCUGGGAGCCAGUAUCGCCUAACAAGGGGCUGGCCCAGAGGCCCCAACAGGGAGCUUUCAAUGAAUGAAUGAAUAGGUGUGUGAAUGAAUGAGUUACUGAAGAAAUGAAUUUAUUUAUUCUGUUAUUAAUUUAUCUGUACAAGCAGGCAGCUCCUGUUGAGUGCCAAGUGUGUGCCUGGCCUGGUUCCCUUGGCAGCCUCAGCCCUAUCCCCAAGGCAUCUCCUGACUUCAACUCUCUGUUGUUUCACCCCCUUCCCUAUUCCCCACCAUCCCUCAGCCCAGAAUUGAAGGCCCCUUCACAUCCCCUACUUCCCCGCCCUAUCAGAUUGAUCUCUACACGCUUUCAACCACUGACGGUCCCUCCAGGUCUUUGCAUGUUCUGCCAGGAACACUAAUCCCUUUUGGACUGGCGAACUCCGACUCAUCCACCAAAGCCCCAGCACCAAUGGCCCCUCCUCUGAAGAGCCUGCCCUAGUUCCCUUGCUAACCAUCCAGCUAGGAGAGUUCCCAGAAGGGGACCUAGACUGGGAGGCGCCUCUAAGUGGCAGAGAAGGGGUUCCUCAUUAGUGUCCCAAGGGAAUUAGGGUCCCACCCAACCAUUCCCCCCUGCCAUCAUCGUGCAAAAGAGUAAACUGAGACCCAGAAAGGGUGAGAGAGCCGCCUUGGGGCUCCCAGCAGGGAGAGGGCAGGGGUGCAGGGUCUCGGCGGUGCGGGGCCCCGGUCCCUCCCUGCCUCAGUCUCCCGUGGGUUCAGAGAGGGCGGGGCCCUCCGGGCUUCUGGUGACGGGGUGCUGCGCCGGGGCGGGGGUCGGGCGGUUGAGGGGCUCAGGAAGCCCGCAGCCGCAGGAAUCCGGCGCCGAGCGGCCUUAUAAGGACAUGUGCGCCGGGCGCCAAUCAGCGGCGGGGGCGGGGCGCCGGGUCCGCGUCCCCCGCCGGCUCGCCUGCCAGCCCGGCCGUCCGUCCGUCCCGUCCCGUCCCUUCCCGUCCCUUCCCGCGGCGCCGCGCCCGCCAGCCAUGAGCUCCACGCAGUUCAACAAGGGGCCCUCGUACGGGCUCUCGGCCGAGGUCAAGAACCGGCUCCUAUCCAAAUAUGACCCUCAGAAGGAGGCAGAGCUCCGAAGCUGGAUCGAGGGACUCACUGGCCUCUCCAUCGGCCCCGACUUCCAGAAGGGUCUGAAGGAUGGGAUCAUCUUAUGCACACUCAUGAAUAAGCUGCAGCCAGGCUCAGUCCCUAAGAUCAACCGCUCCAUGCAGAACUGGCACCAGCUAGAAAACCUCUCCAACUUCAUCAAGGCCAUGGUCAGCUACGGCAUGAACCCUGUGGACCUGUUCGAGGCCAACGACCUGUUUGAGAGUGGGAAUCUAACACAGGUGCAGGUGUCUCUUCUUGCCCUGGCCGGGAAGGCCAAGACAAAGGGGAUGCAGAGUGGCGUGGAUAUCGGCGUCAAAUACUCGGAAAAGCAGGAGCGGAACUUUGAUGAUGCCACCAUGAAGGCGGGCCAGUGUGUCAUCGGGCUCCAGAUGGGCACCAACAAAUGUGCCAGCCAGUCAGGCAUGACGGCGUAUGGCACCAGAAGGCAUCUGUACGACCCCAAGAACCAUAUCCUGCCCCCCAUGGACCACUCGACCAUCAGCCUCCAGAUGGGCACAAACAAGUGUGCCAGCCAGGUGGGCAUGACGGCCCCAGGGACCCGGCGGCACAUCUACGACACCAAGCUGGGGACAGACAAAUGUGACAACUCUUCCAUGUCCCUGCAGAUGGGUUACACGCAGGGCGCCAAUCAGAGCGGCCAGGUAUUUGGCCUGGGCCGGCAGAUAUACGACCCCAAGUACUGCCCGCAAGGCCCAGCGGCCGAUGGGGCUCCAGCGGCUGCCGGAGAUGUCCCAGACCCGGGGGAGGCCCCAGGGUACCCCCCCUACUACCAGGAGGAGGCAGGCUACUGAGGCGCCCAUGCGGGCUGUCUCCCAUCAUUGCCCCAUCCGGGUUUUCGGGUUUUUCUGUGUAUUUGUCUUGUUUUUCUUACAUGUCUGAGUGCUGCCAGCUGAAGGUCUGGGGAGAAGGGGUGAAGGCCAUAUCCAGAUGCAUGUGGGGUGGGGGUCCCCGCCAGGGCACCUCCAGGCAUGUUUCCUAACAGGCUUUGGGCCAAGUUGCAGGGGAGAAAGACGAAACCCGGGCAGGGAGGGGGACCGACCCCAAGUGGUUUCCGGUUGCUUCUUCCCUUCUUCUCUUUUCUCUGCCGAUCAGUUUGUGGUUUCUGUACCCACAGAAGUUUCAGGCCGUUUUAGUGAAAUGAAAAUACUUUUUUUUUU